AGAAGAAGAAGAAGAAGAAGAAGAAGAAGAAGAACCCCAGCGUGUGUGAAAUUCAGUUUAACAGCCAGGGUCGCUAAUAAACUAACGAUGUUUUCUGUUAAUAUCUUGCGUAGACUACGACCCUGUAUUGUUUCUCAAUCAUUCAAUAACAUUCACCUUACGGCCGCGCGACAUGGUGCGCCGUUUACCGUGUCUUGUUUCAGAGGAGUAAGCGGGAAGCAGCUACAUUCUGUCAGAAGGUCGUUCCUCAACCUGAACAACAAGAUGCAGUCCCACUGUCCAUCCACCUGUUGUCUCACCACGGCGACCCACUCUGAGGACGGGAACCUCAUUUACACUGGCAGCCUGGGCAAUGCUGUCCGAGGAGUAAAGAUGUUCUCUUACAGCACCAGCGGGGCCAGCCUCUUCCUCAUGCCCCAUGUCCUCCUGAAGACAGGACUAGGAAUCCAGACCUUCGCCAUGCAGGCUGCUUUCUGUGGAGUUAUCUGCUUCUUCACCUUCCUCACCCCUGUCCUCCUCCACGUCAUCACCAAGGGCUAUGUGAUCCGCCUGUACCACAUCCCAGACACAGACACCUACACUGCCAUCACCUACAGUGUCUUCCUGACUGAAAAAAAGAGCGUGUUCCACCAGAGGCAGGUCAGGAUCCCAUCUGUCAGCAAGAUGUUCACCACCUUCUACACCGACAACAUGGGGCUGCUGGUAAACCCGGACCUGUUCCCCAUCCCACAUGACUACAACCACCUAAUGGGCUAUGAUAAGCCCUUCAGCUUCGACGCAAACGACGACAGACCUGAUAAGAGCUGAAAGACUGACUGCAAACAGGUUGAAUGUGGUGUUAGUAUACGAAUUAUAUCCACAACUCCAAACUGCACAGUACAUACACUCUUUGUACCAGAGUGGACAUCCAUGGAGGACUUGGCAACCAAAAUAAUUUCUCAAAUAGAUUUCCAGAUGUUUUUUUUGUCUAUUUUGAUGGAUGUUUCAUGUUAAUAAAUUAUAACUUAAUUAUUAUGACCUGUUA